UAAAAAAAUAUGUUUCCGGCCGGAAAAUUUGGUCUUCAUCCUCGACAUCUCCGAUCAAAAUUUCAUACUUUUAUACGUUUGACAUAAUCAUAGAUCGAGUCAAUUAGUCUGAUCCUAGAAAAUUUAAGAACUUUUUCACAAAUUCAGUAUCGAAGAUGUCAACAGAGAGACGUGCUUCGUCUAAUCCAAUGACCAACGAAGAGAACGCUAUGUUCCUUGAUAUAUUGCAUGAAGCACCAUUGUUUGGUCAUAGGAAAUCUAGAAGCCUUGUUGGGAGUUAUCUCUAUAUAGUUCUAUUGGCAAGUUACUCUGAUUCUUUUGCUGCAGGAGCUCCUUGGAUAUUUCACCAAGUUCAGAACUUGACUCCUUCUUUGCUCUGCUGCUGCGAUGUUGCCCUUUUGGUUGUCACAGGUAUCUUUCAACAAUACUUUGUUUAUCAAGUCCAGAAAAUACGUCUCCAGGGUUAUUACAGUUUCAGUCAAAAGCUAAAGCAUGUUGUACGUCUACCGUUUGCAAUCGCUGCAUAUGGGACCGCUGCGAUGCUUCUUGUGAUAGUAUGGAAGCCUUAUAUCCGCAUUCUUUCUAUUUCUUCUUUGCAACGCAUAAUCAUGUUGGUUGAAGCAGUGUGCGCUGGCUUCUUCAUGGGUUUAUACAUCGGUUAUGUGCACCAAUACAACUCCGUUAAUUCUCGACCAGAUGUAUUGAAGUCAUUAUAUUCUCCUCUUCAGCCGUCAAGUUCGAUGGAAGGUUUGAGGUAUUACGAAGGCCGGCUUUCUGAUCAACAAAUGGCUUUAUUACAAUAUCAGCGUGAAAACCUCCAUUUUCUAAGCGAAGAGAUUCUGUCCUUGCAAGAGAAAUUAAGCAAAUAUGAACAAUCUAGUGAUGGAAGCACACCUCAGGUUGAUCUCGCACAUCUUCUAGCUGCUCGAGAUCAAGAGCUGAGGACACUUUCAGCUGAGAUGAAUCAGCUUCAGUCUGAGCUACGGCUGGCUCGUUCUUUAAUAGCAGAGAGAGAUGCAGAGGUGAAGCGUGUCAGCAAUACCAACAAUCAGUAUAUUGAAGAAAACGAAAGGCUAAGAGCAAUUUUGAGUGAAUGGAGCAUGCGAGCAGCAAAUCUUGAGAGAGCUUUAGAAGUGGAGCGGAUGUCGAACUCGGAGCUGCAGAAGGAAGUAGCAGGGGAGCGUAAGAAGCAGAUGCAUGAGACAAGAACAUCAUCUGAGCAACCUUAAUUGUAAAAUGUGAAUCAAAGCUAGGUCUUAACAUAUCUCAGGAGUUUGAUUGUGUAACUAAAAAGAUCAUGGAAUCUCUAUAUAGUUGAAAGAAGUUUGUAUAUGCUUUUCUUUGUUCAUUUCUUUUUAGAAUUAGCUUUGUUUUGGUUGUGAAGUAAAGUGUUUUGCAGCAGCAAAAGAGCUCUUGCUUAAA